AUGGCGGAUGAUUCAGCAGCCACUCCACCCUCAAUCGAUGGCAACGUUCUGGUGGCUAAGUCACUAGCUCGUCUCGGAGUCACCCACAUGUUCGGCGUCGUUGGCAUCCCCGUCACGUCUCUAGCUAGCCGAGCCAUGGCUCUCGGCAUACGCUUCAUCGCCUUCCACAACGAGCAAUCCGCCGGAUACGCCGCUUCCGCCUACGGUUACCUAACGGGUCGACCCGGGAUUCUUCUCACUGUUUCGGGUCCUGGUUGCGUACACGGUCUCGCCGGUCUCUCAAACGCUUGGGCUAACACAUGGCCGAUGGUGUUGAUCUCCGGCUCCUGCGAUCAGAGAGAUGUCGGUCGUGGAGAUUUCCAGGAGCUUGAUCAGGUCGAGGCGGUGAAAUCUUUCUCGAAAUUAUCGGAGAAAGCGAAAGAUGUUCGUGAAAUCCCUAAUUGUGUCGCUAGGGUUCUGGAUCGUGCCGUUGAAGGUCGACCCGGUGGGUGUUAUCUGGAUCUCCCGUCGGAUGUGUUACGCCAGAAGAUUUCCGAAUCUGAGGCGGAUAAUCUUGUGGCGGAGAUUGUGGUUUCUCGUAAACAGGAAUUGAGUUUGGAUUCUCUGAGAUCGGAGAUUGAAUCGGCGGUUUCGUUGCUGAGAAAAGCGGAGAGGCCAUUGAUUGUGUUUGGCAAAGGUGCGGCGUAUUCGAGAGCAGAGGAUGAGCUGAAGAAGCUUGUGGAACUCACUGGAAUACCUUUCUUACCAACUCCGAUGGGUAAAGGUUUGUUACCGGACACACACGAGCUUUCGGCGACGGCGGCGAGGUCGCUUGCUAUUGGGAAAUGCGACGUUGCUUUGGUGGUUGGAGCUAGGCUUAACUGGCUUCUCCAUUUCGGAGAAUCGCCGAAAUGGUCGAAAGAUGUGAAAUUUGUAUUGGUAGACGUCUCUGAGGAAGAGAUUCAGCUGAGGAAACCUCACUUGGGGAUUGUUGGAGAUGCUAAAACAGUGAUUGGAUUAUUAAACAGAGGGAUCAAAGAUGAUCCUUUUUGUCUCGGGAAAUCGGAUCCAUGGGUCGAAUCGAUUUCCAAGAAAGCCAAAGAAAAUGGUGAAAAGAUGGAGAUACAGCUUGCUAAAGAUGUAGUUCCUUUCAAUUUCUUGACUCCAAUGAGGAUAAUAAGAGACGCGAUUUUGGCGGUACAAGGACCGAGUCCUGUUGUGGUAUCAGAAGGAGCUAAUACAAUGGAUGUGGGAAGAUCGGUUUUGGUUCAGAAAGAGUCAAGGACUAGGCUUGAUGCAGGAACUUGGGGAACAAUGGGUGUUGGUUUAGGUUAUUGUAUUGCCGCUGCUGUUGCUUCUCCCGAUCGGCUUGUAGUCGCGGUUGAAGGUGACUCUGGUUUUGGAUUCAGCGCCAUGGAAGUUGAGACAUUGGUUCGAUACAAUCUUUCUGUGGUGGUUAUUGUCUUCAACAACGGUGGUGUCUAUGGUGGUGAUCGAAGGAGUCCUGAAGAAAUCUGUGGCCCUUAUAAAGAAGAUCCAGCACCAACAUCUUUUGUUCCUAACGCAGGCUAUCACAAGCUUAUUGAAGCAUUUGGAGGCAAAGGUUAUAUUGUGGAAACACCCGAUGAGCUUAAAUCCGCUCUCUCUGAAUCGUUCGCUGCAAGAAAACCCGCGGUGGUUAAUGUGAUCAUCGAUCCUUUUGCUGGUGCCGAGAGUGGGAGAUUGCAGCACAAGAACUGA